GGGAGGAGGAAUUUCCUUGGAUAAGGGGUUUCAAAUUCCCUACGCAUCUCCUUUCCCUUGAGGGGGCUGUUUUCAUUCUCUGAGGUCUAUUUCCUGGUGGGGGUUUCAUAUUUCCUGAUGAUUUCCCGUAUGUGGAAAGUGGUAUCAACUGGUUCCUUGGGGGGAGGGUCUUAGAUUUCUUGACAAUUUCCUUUGGUGUUAUUCUCUAGGGAGGUGUAUUGUCCUUAGGGGUAACCAAUUUUUUGAGGGUCCCUAUUCCCAGGAGACCUUGUUCUCUGGUGUCUCAACAGCUGCCUGGGAGUUUAUGUUCCCUGGGGUUUCUCAUUCUCUAGAGGACCUCAUCUCUCGUAUUCUCUACUCUUGAAUGACCCCUCUCUCCAAUCACCCCUUUUCCUGGGCCUCCACUUUUGAGAACCCCCUGACCCUCUGCCCUCAAACAGGUCAUGAUGUUUGGCAGCCCCACCAUCGCGCUGGAGCUCCUGAAGCAAGGUGCCAGCCCCAAUGUCCAGGAUGCCUCCGGCACCACUCCGGCCCAUGAUGCAGCCCGCACUGGAUUUCUUGACACCCUGAAAGUGUUGGUAGAGCAUGGAGCUGAUGUCAACGUACCUGAUGGCACCGGGGCACUCCCCAUCCACCUGGCAGUGCGAGAGGGCCACACAGCUGUGGUCAGUUUCCUGGCUGCUGAGUCAGAUCUCCAUCACAGGGAUGCCAGGGGACUCACACCCCUGGAGCUGGCUCGGGGGAGAGGUGCUCAGGAUCUCAUGGACAUACUGCAGGGGCACCCAGUGGCACCGCUGUGACCUGGGGCCACCCACUCCAGCCACAGGACCCAGCUGGGUUCUGUGUCAGAAGAGGAGGAAAGAAACACUUUCUCCCCUUGCUCCUCCUGAGUACUGCCGAGGGGCACCAGUUUGUGGCUUGUUGGUGUUGAUUUCUGGGGUGUGUGUGUUUGAGGUGCAUUUCUCAUUUGUUUUUCUCACCCCUUUUGGUGUGUUGGGCAGAAGAGGGCUCCGGCAGGCAACAGCCACCUAAACGGUUCAGUUUCCUCCACGCCCCAGACUGCUGGGGCUAUAGACGAGUCCCAAGGGCAGAGCGUUUAAAGCCCCAGCCCCAGAGUGAGGUCAUCACUUCCAAGGCUCCUGGAACUUGUCGACCUUGGCUGGCUGUACCCAGAGAGAGACCUCAACUGUACACACUGCUUUCAGGCAUGGGGGAGGGGGAGUGUUCCAAAUCAAUUUAAGGGUAGUAUGAGUUCAUUCAUAUUUUGUUGAAAGCUUGUUUUCCAAUCCCUUGUACAGCGUUAAAAAAAAGAUUCUAUUUAUUAAGCUUUAUGGAAAAAAUUGUUGUGUGUGAUAAUUUAAUGUUUUUACCCAUUAAAUUAAGACUUGUGCAUGAUCACA